UGCAAUUAGAGUUUCAAUGGAGGAGGCAAUAAAUGCUAGAAUGAGUAGCUCUUUCAUACCACGGGUAGCGGACGUCAUGCGCGGCGAUGAGAAAAAUAAGCAGUGCUUUGAGCCCUCGGUGGUGUCUUUGGGUCCUUAUCACAGCGGUAAACCGCAUCUUCAGCGCAUGGAGCAGUACAAGUUUGUGUCAUUGAAACAAUACUUCAAACACGAUGACGACUCUGUUCCCUUCGGUGAAGAGGAAGUCAUUGCAAGGUGCUUUCAGAACUUCACCAGGGCGGCCAUCAACGCCAAGAAUUGGUACGAGAUUGCGGUGCCUGAGAAUGAAGAAAACCCGUUUGUGUGGAUGAUGUUUCUGGACAUCUGCUUCCUCUUGAACUUCAUGGAGCAGGCCGUCGGCACUAAGACGCCAAGCUCGGAAGUGGCCGGUGGUGAUAAUAACUUGAGGCUGAGCAGCCAGGAAGAGGCUUUCGUGGUGAGGGAUAUCAUGCUCCUAGAAAACCAGCUUCCCUUUGAACUUGUCAAGACAUUUUGCAAUAUUAAAAGGUCUGUAGAGCCUAUACUUCGCGGUGAAGCUGGGGAGGGGCGGCAAAUGUACAGAAGAAUGAUGUUGGAAAUAGACCGAUCCGUCCCGGUUGCCCAGCAGCAGCAGCAGCAGCAGCAGCAGUCCAGACGGUCGUCUGGGACGUCUCAUAUGGAGCCAUAUGCUCUGAUGAAUGCAUUUGUUGACAAACUCAUUAGGCAUUAUAGUCUCGAAAAACAAACCCCAACAUCAUCGUCGUCAUCAGCAAUAUCUUCCAGUAAUCCUAGCGCUCAAGUUCAACCAAAGCACCUUCUUGACCUCCUCAGAAGGAAGAUCAUCGGCGAGGAAAGCACCAGCAACAAUUCUGAUGAACAACAAUCAACCGGCGGCCAGUGGUAUUCAUUCCGUUCUAUCAAGGAACUCAAAGAUGCAGGUAUCAAGUUCAAGAAGACCGGCACAAACCAACUGAAGAACAUCAGAUUCAAUAGCAAAUUGUUUCGUGGGGAGCUCUAUCUUCCUGUGAUCAUGGUGGAUGACUCAACCAAAUCCAGGCUGCUCAAUAUUAUCGCCUACGAGAUGGGGCAAGGCGGUCCUCCCGACCGUGCGGUCACGUCCUACGCCUGCUUCAUGGACUCCCUCAUUGAUAGUGCGGAGGACGUGAAGGAGCUGAGGUCGGGAGGAAUUCUGCUCAACGCCCUAGGUAGCGACGAGGAGGUGGCAGAUCUUUUCAAUACAUUGACGACCGGUGUUACGCCUGAGCCUGGUGCAUAUGCUCAUGUGAAGAGCUCCAUUGAAUCUCAUUGCAUGACUGAAUGGAAGGUAUCCUUGGCAAACCUCUAUCAUACCCAUUUCAAUAGCCCUUGGACGACGAUAGCCUUUAUUGCAGCUCUGUUCCUUCUCAUCCUGACUAUCUGUCAAACUUUCUUUGCUGCCUUCCCUCGAGAAGCAGUGUUUAAAAACUGAUCAGAUGACUCGGCUCAGUUUCUAAUAUAUUAAUUUCCUCUA